AUGGAAUCAAGAGAUAAAAAUUAUCAAAGUCCUGCAGUUAUUCAAUCUCGUACAGUUGCUACUCCAUUUCAUGAACAUGAUAAUGAUCGAAAAAUACAUCAAAUUAUUGAACGUGCACUUCACGAAAUUACUCAAUUAAGUCCACCAAGGCAAGCUGCUGUGGGUGGUCUUUCGGGCAUCGCAGCUGGAUAUUGUUUUGCUAAAGCUAGUAAAAUGGUGGCAUUUGCUAUUGGUGCAUCUAUUAUUGGUUUAGCUCUUGCUAAUCAAUCCGGUUAUAUUGAUAUUCAUUUUGAUCGAAUUCGUGAUACAGCACAACAACAUUUAAAUAAUGUUCAACAUGCAGCGAGAUCGGCUCUUCCACCAACAACUACAACUAAUAUAGAUGGAGAAGAGAUUGAAACAUUUAUUGAUCAAUCCUCAACCAGUAUUACUGAUGUAUUAAAAAGAUUUGCUUUUACAAAUUUGGCUAUAACAUCUUCCUUUAUCGGUGGUUUUCUUCUUGGUGUCGCUUUUGAAUAA